AUGACAUCUGUAUCUCUUCAGACGCUACUACAGCUGCAGACAGCACCUACAAAUCAACAAACAACCACCUCCUCUGAACCGCCUCCCACAGCCAACGACGGUGACCCUUUCGCUCCUCUAGAGAAUGCCGAUGCUCUAGAACCCGUUACUAGCCACGACGUGAAGAAUGGUGUUUCUGUAAACGAUCCUACUCCUGCGAACGAGCCUAUUCCCGGUUCGGACUCCGCUAAUGUUGCAAAGCAGUCAGUUGACGGCAACGACGCGACCGAGCGUAAUGAUAGCGAGAAGAAGACUAAGCGUAAUGGAUUGGAAGCUGGAGCCUCUGAGGUGGACGGUGGCCAGACGGGUUUGGAGCCACAGCUCGCGCCGACGCUUGCGCCAGGCGGAGGCGGAGCGGAAGGCGGAGGUAACGCGGAAGGCGGAGGUAACGCGGAAGGCGGAAGCGGGAGGGGAGGUGGAGCGGAAGGCGGAACGGAAGGCGGAGGUGCAAAUGUUGCGGAAGCGCCGGUUGAUGUCGGAGGAAAGCUACCCGCGGAGCUUCCGCAGUCGGCGCAGUUUCCGGCGGAUCCUCCGCGGAAGGACAUGAUGCAAAUGUUUCAGGAGCAGACGGCAUCCGUCCUGCUGGAUCCUAUCGAAGCUGCUUUUGACGAGGAUGGCCUUGGCGAGGAUGACGCGGACCUUGACGGAGACAUGGACGGUGGCGAUGAGGAUGAUGGUGAAGGCAACGGUGACGGCGACGGCAAUGGCGACGGCGAAGGCGACGGCGACGAGGAAGGUGACGGCGACGGCGACGGUGAUGGUGACGGUGACGGCGGCGACGGAGAAGGAGACGGAGAAGGAGAGGGAGACGUGGACAAAGACGAUGGCGGCGGCGGUGGCGGUGGUGGUGGUGGUGGUGACGGUGACGGUGACGACGGUGACGGCAAGGAGCUGCCGGCAACGUUAGAUCCGGCAGACGCGGACCUCCCCUUCAAGCGGAAACGCGGACGGCCGAAGAAGAUCCGCAGAGCGGAGGCGCCAGACGCAGACGCUUUUUCCCCGCUCAUUGGGGACACGCUGGGCGGGCGGCCGUUCAAACGGCGCGCUUUCGCGGAGGCGGACGCCGUGCGCGUGGGGAUGGCGUUCCUGGAGCGCGGGGAGAAGAAACCGCGCGUGGAACGAGACGCGGCGCUACCGCGCGGACCGGCGCAGGGGCUGGAACGGCCACAUCCGCACAAAAUCCACUCGCGGCUCGGGCACCAGCCGCAUCUGCAUCCUCCGCCACCGCCGCAGCAGCAGGUGCCCCUGCCUUUGGAUCCCCUCUUUGGCCGCUUCGGGCGGCGACCCCAAGGGGAUAGCAAGUUCGUUCCGGAUUGGGCGGCGAACUUCGCGGCGGAGAUGGGCAUAAGCGCGCGGCCGAAGGCCCCGCGUUAUGAGGACGCGCAUUACGAUAAGAUGGGGGAGGAGGAAGAGGAGGAGGACGAGGAUGAGGCGGGGUUUGCGGGCGGAAUGCGGGGAGAGGGCUUGCGGAACUUGCGUGGAAGGCGGGGAUCGGGGGCGGGCUUUCGUGGCAUUGCAGGAUUGGAUGGUUUUGGCGGUGCUGACGUGGACGGGAGGCGGAAACGGAAAGGACGGAAGCGGUUCCAGCAUUUGCCGGACGAGGAUGAUGACGUGGUGGAGGUCAAGGAUGACGUGUUGUUCUUCCCGGCCAACCGCGGGGGAGUGCACAUGGACCGUAGGCGACGCCGUGAGAUGCGGCGUGGGUUGCACCGUGGGUUGCAACGUGGAAUGCGUGGACAUAAGGAGAGCCUUCGAGGUUCGCUAAAGAAGGUCAGGCGUAAGGGACUUGAGAAAGAGAGGACCAAAAUUGGGACGGAAGGGGAAGGAGAAGGGGAAGGGGAAGAAUCAGGAGGUGAAGCAGUGGGUUUGGACGGGAAUAAGAUUCGUUUGACGGAUAGCAUGUCUGUGCCUUUGUUUCCGGGCAGCUUGGGCAGCAGCGGGAUAAAAGGGCAGCCACAAAUGAGCGUUCUUGGGGAUGACUUGUGGGCGGAAGAAGAGGAGGCCGAGGAGGGAGGGGAAGGGGAGGGGGAGGAUGCGGUCGGGGACUGGGCGCACCAGUUGCGCCUGGAGCAGGAGUUUUUGCGCGGGAAGGCGCAGGACAGGGAGCGCGAGCGGGAGAGGCGGCGGGGGGCGCAGAGGGACAAGGCGGGGGAAAAAGCGCUGCCGGGGCAACAGCAGGGAGAGGGGGAGGGGAAGGAUAACCAGGAGGGAGUUGCGCCCGGCGCGGUUGGUCUCGGGGCGGAGGGGGAGGGGAAGGCGGAGGGGGAAGGGGAGGCGGAAGCCGGCGCUGCUACUGGCGGAGUUCCCGAAGGCGCUGAUGAUCAGGAACGGGCGGAAAAGGAGAAGGAGCAGGCGGGGAGGGAGCGUUUGGAGAGGGAGAGAAGGGAACGCGAAAGGAUGGAAAGAGAGAGGGCGGAGAGGGAGCGGGUGGACAGGGAACGUCUGAGGAGCCAACAGAAGCUUCUAGAAGAGGCUAUAGUGGAGAUGAAGCGCAUGAGGGGAGAGCAGAUCGCGAUGGGGCGGGAGCUGAGGCGCGCGCGGAACACCAAGGAGGCGGCCAAGCAGGCGUUCGGAGAGCUGAAGAAGCAGGAACACAUGCUGGCGCAGGCGCGCGUGCAGCUGUCGCUUCUGGAGGGAGUCAACAAGGCGCAGACGGAGGAGAUCUCGCCACACCUUCCCCACCGCUUCCCACCGCCUCCCACCGAUCCCAACCCUUCCCACCGCUUCCCACCACUCUCUCCUCCCCUCCGUCAGGUGGUGGCGCAGGAGCACAUGCUGGCGCAGGCGCGCGUGCAGCUGUCCCUGCUGGAGGGGGUCAACAAGGCGCAGACGGAGGAGAUCUCGCGCCUCUGGAUGGCCGCCACUCAGAACCAACCCGGGCUCGCCCCUGUCACGGGCCUUGCUGCUCCCCCUGGUACCGUCAUGGGGUCUGAUACGCGGUUCUUUGCCACUUCUGCCGGUGGUUUUGGCGGUGCUGGUGGUGCUGGUCGUGACGGUAUAGCCAUGAAGGAGCGGCCAGUGCGCACCCUCCUGCAAAUCGCCUGGAGCCCUGCAAACAACAUUGGCGCGCUCGCCAAGGCGAAGUUUAAGGAAGCAAACGGAGGAAUGGCUGUGGGGCAUCCAGGGGACAUGCAGUGGGACGACGUUCUCAAAGCCCUGGAGGAGUAUAUUCGGCUGGGGUCACUGGAAUUCGCUAAGUACCAGCUCAUGUUUGGUUUUAAGGAAAAGGCAGUGUAUCGUGCCCGAAGCAGAUUGCAGGACGGGCGGACCCAAGCCAGGCUGCUAUCCGCGGCGCAUGAUGAGGCUCGGCAGCAGCUGAUGGAGGGGACGUUGGAGUUUGAGGCGCAUGCUUUGGCGUCUUCUGUGGCGGCCAGCGUGCGGCAGCUUCUGGGAACCGUGGAAGACGAGAAGCACGAGGAUGAGGACGAGGAAGCGGCAGUUCAGUCGUUGAUCGCGUCAGCCGCGGCUAACGCGGAGAAUGCAGCGAGGGAAGCGGAGAGGGAGGUGAUUCAAGCCCAGACGAAAGCGGCUGAAGGUCUCCCCCCUGUCGCUGACCCUGCUGCCGGCGCUGCUGCUGCUGCUGCGGGUGUUCCUGGAGGUGCGGGUAUAGAGGGUGGGGUUGGGAUGGAUGGGGUAUACGCUGCAGGGGAGAUGGGCGCAGGAGGGGAGGGCGAUGGGGUGAUUCGGCGGAAGCCUGGGCGGCCGCGGGGAGGGGGGGCUGCGCUGGCGAUAGGAAACGGGGAUCUCCCCGCGCUCUCCCGUGUGCGCAUCCCCAAGAUGCCCACCCUCCCCGCGUCCGCGCAGCAGGCGAAUGGGGAGGGGAAGAAGAAGAAGAGGAAGAACCGGGGGAGGGGGAGGGGGGCUGCGGAAGGGGGCGGGGGGGAAGGGGCGGAUGAGAUGGGGAACGCGGGGGAGCUUGGUGGGGGGGGUGAGGGGGCGGGGGGAGGGGAGGGGAUGGCGGGCGCGGAGGUUGAUCCAGCAGCGGCGGCAGCAGCAGCUGCUGCCGCAGUGGCGGCAGGACUGGAGGGGCAGAUAGACGUUGAGGCGGUGGCAGCAGCACUGGCGCAGGCGACAGGGGGUGGGGGCAACCGGGGCGUGGGGCAGCAGGCAGGAGGUGGCGGGAGGAUCGGGCUGGAAAGGCUGCGGCUGCAGGAGCAGCAGCAGCAGCAACAACAACAGCAGCAGCAGCAGCAGCAGCAGCAGCAGCAAGAAGGGGAGCAGCAGCAGCUGGGACUGCAGGGGCAGGGGCAGGCGCAGCAGCAGGGGCUGGGGCAGGGGCAGCAGGGAUUGGGGGAGCUUGAGCAAAUGGCAGCGUCCUGGGCGGCAAUAGCAGGGCGGAAUGCAGUGCUGGGGCAAGGAGGGGCGGGCGGAGGGAGGGGCAGCGCUGGUGGUGGGGCCGAGGCCGGGGCGUUCACUACCCCUGCUGCUGCUGCUGCUGCCACUGCUGGGGGCCAUGCUGGGGCAGCUCGGGUGUUGCAGCAGGGAGGCCUGCAGGCUUCAGCGUGGGGUGAAGUAGCUUCUGCAUUAGGUUCGGUUUCAGGGGUUGGGGUGAAUAACCCUGUGCAUUUCAACCUCGGGCAGCAGCUGGCAGGGAAUCGGGCAGGAGGCGAGGCGGAGUUCGAUCGGGUGCGCCUGUGGGGGAAUGAGUGGGAUGGGGUGAACGCUGGGGCAAAUGCUGCUGCGGCGGUGGCUGCAGCGGCAGCAGUAGCGGGGGGAGGGCAAGGGGAGGAGAGUGCUAGUGCUGGUCUGCAACAGCUGCACAAUCUGGCUGCAGCUCAAAAUCAGUUGCUUCAGUUCUCACGGGCUUUUGGGGCAAAUGCCUUUGCUCGCCAGUAG